CACAGACACACAGUCAUCCAGCAGGAGCAGUCGGGAAAGUGUUUCUCCAGCUGCAGCAGUGAUAUCAUGAUGGUGUACUCAGCGAUGUGGAUCCUGGCUGCCCAGCUCUCCGCGCUGCUCUGCCUGGGGCACACAGCAGAGGAGAUUCCUAUAGCGGAUGACUUCAACAUGUUCCAAAGAGAGGUCAUACCCAGUUUUCCAGUGGGUCAAAGAAUAGUUCAGCGGCCUCUUCUGAGACAGGGUGAGCAGGUGCUGAGCCCACGUGGCAGGAGACCGGUGUCCUCUUCUACCAACAACCUAAAAGAUUUCCCUCCGGGGCGGCCAUCCAAUUCCAACAUUGACAGCAUCUGUUGGAGUAGCAGGGUCAAAGUCUCAUAUGGUCUCCACAACAUUCCCCAGACCGGAUUCUCACACCUGAGCAGACAAGGGAAUGCCAUCAAUGAGUUGGAAGAAGGGUUUACAAGGUGCUGUCUUCAAUCUGAUCAACUUCGCUGUGCGGUGGAAGUGUGGAAGAAUUCUAUGGAUAAUUUCUGCACUGCAGAGUUUACAGUGAAGACGCGCCACUACCACUGCUGCAAGUGGUACGGAUCCGAGAGGGAAGCCUGCUUCAGUAACGAGGCCCCAAACCCCAGCUAUGACACUCCCACCAUGGGCAUGCUACAGGAAGCCCGAGACGUACCUGACCUCGGUGACUUAGGUGUCCUGGAAGCCAUUGAGCCCUGUCCUCCUAACUCGCCCACGUGCCAGGACAUCAAGAAGAAGCCAGGCCUGGCAUUUCCUCCAGGAAAACCUAAAUCCAGCAAUAUACAGAACAUCUGCAAGCUGGGCAAAUACCGUCUGCACACUGACAAAGCACUGUCCCAGAGAGGCUAUGGCUUCCCUACAUACUCUCCGCGCCAGACCAAGGCCAUCAACCGCUUGGAGAAAGAGUACAAGAAAUGCUGCAAGAGGAACGAUGAGGCCUGCACGCAGUCUGCGUGGGAGAAAGUCCUGGCCAGGUUCUGCGCAGAAGAGAUGGCAGUGAAGACGGUUCCCCAUGUCUGCUGCAGCGAUGACGACCAAGUUAUGUAUCACUGCUUUGCCAAGGAGGCCCCAUACCCGGAGUACGACAGAGAGGUGGAGGCACUGGACCUUGGCACCAUGACGGAGGACAUCCUAGAGAAGCUGUGCGGAGAGUUCAAGCUCUUCACUAAGAAGAGACGGCUCCCCCUGCUGGUGACCAACCUCAAGGAUCUGUGCUGCAGUCUCCCCCAGGACAGGAAGCUGGGGUGCGCAGGAGAGCAGAAAAAGAAGCACAUAAAGACUCUGUGCGGUGCCAGGAAGGACUCCUGGAAAGACACUGAGAACUGCUGCAGCAAGGACGAGCAGGAGCGAGACGAAUGCUUCAGCUCCUACAUGCAGAACGUCUCUGUGGCCGUCAUGGGAGGGAAUGAGGCGGAAUAGGAUCAUUGCACCAUUCCUGCUGGACACAAACCCAGGCGGUGGCAGUCUCCUACAUCCGCGCCCACAUGGAGGAGUCACCGCCGUUCCCGAGAUCAGAUGUGCAUGGAUGAAGAUCUGGGACAAUAUUUGCCACUAAUCUCAUUUCGCCCGCAGUAUAGUAUCCAUAUCCACCGCAGACGUAGUGGUCCAGAUUUGCAAGCGGAAUCUUUAUAAUAGCCUGUAGCAAACGCAUAAGUACUGAAACAGCACGAGGGACGGGUGCAGCUAUUAUGGGCCCACAAAUGUCUAGCUUUGCCCAUGCCUACCAUUGUCUUGGUCUUCUCGAUUCCCUAACAGCGGGUGGCACAGUUGUAGUUUUAUGGUAGAACUGACGUCACUGGCUGCACAACAAAAGUGGGAAAAACACUGGUGGGGAGGGAUAGUAUAAACAAUGUUAGAGACAAUUGGUGAAGCGCGGGGUGUGACUCUUGUAAGACGGGCGAGAUCAGACCCCCAGUAGCGCCAUACUCGUCCAGAGCCAUACCUUUGCCUAGGCAGCCGGUUAGAUGAUGGUCACACUGCCUUUGUGUGUUAUAGAGCAAUAUCUGGGCUGUCCUACUCUCCCACAAGAUAUGCGCUGGCAGUUUUACCGUGACAUAUUGAUUGACCAGUAGAUCAUUCUUCCAUCAUGGAAUGACACAACUCUGUAACUAAUGAAUGGGAAGAAGACCCCUGGCUAAUACAUAACUGCGUCUAUAAGCUCUGCCACUCAUACAGAGAACAGUCACCGGUGUCUCUGGCCAGAGAUGAGAUCUAUAUGCACAAACCUCUCCGCGCUUUCUUAUAACCGCCUUACGGAGCAGCUUCUGCUAUAGGUCACAUUUGCGCGCUGUUUAGAUAGCAAAGCCGGUAAAGAGCGCGUUCGUUAGUGGUCAAUUAAGGCUUUUUUUUUAUCUUCGUUUUUGUAUAUGUAAAUGCCCAUUUGGCAGACGUUCUAUUUGGGAAUCUUUGAAUAAAAACCUUUAAGUGAGGUGUAA